UUAUGAAUGUUAGGUAACCAUAGAAAUUAGUAAUCAGGUUUUGCCAAAAUGCAAAGCUCAUCAAAUAUAACAAAGAUUUUCUACUAAACUAGUAUAAAUAGCUUAUGGAGAUUAAUAUGGAUGUAUCUGAGAAAACAAAGGAGUAUAUAGAAAAGAAACGCGAAGAACUACGGUUCUUCUUCAAAGAUGGCAAUUUUUCACAGGAAGCUUUGGAAAGAAUUAUAGAAAAUGAAUUGAAACCUUUACAAAAUGUCACGGAUGGAAAUCAGCCUUAUAUUUCAGCUUCCGCAGGUGGAGAAAUAAAGACUGAAUACGAAGUGUUGACUGGUCAACCAUUUACAAAUGUCACGGAAAGUAGCACUCCAUUAACCACGGAAGAAGUAAAGAAAUUGAUCGAAAGCAAUCCCAUAAUCCGUGAGAAAUCUCGACAAAUUCAAAUAGCAAGAUCUAAAAGCGAUACUGGUGAAAUAUGUGUUCCCUUAGACAAAAUAAACAUACCAUGUUACAAUCAAAUGGUUGAUGAAAUAAGAUCAGCUAAAGGCGACGAAAAAAUGAUAAAAAACGCGAAUUACAGAAAUAUGAAAGCUUUAGUAAAUAGCGCUAAUGCCUAUGAAGCUUCUCUUGAUAUUACACAUAAACAUUUGUUGAAAGAAACCGACAAUGAAGCCUCGGGUAGUGACAGUGAGUUCGAAGCUAUUGACAAAGUGGUCACUGAGUACACGAACAAAUCUUAUGAAAUGAGAUUCCAAGAAACAAAAGCAAUGUUGCUUGAACUAGCUGACAAACACGAUAAUUUACAUGGUCACAACGAAAACGUUAGUGAACAAAAAAUAAAACAACUAACGGAAGAAUACAAAAUUCUACAAGAAUCAUCAUCUGUUCUCCCAGACAUUAAAAGCCGUCGAAAUUUUUUUGAAGAGCUUAAGGAAGAGUAUUCUAUUAAUGCAGUAAUGAAUAUACCAAUAGUAAACAAUCCAAUUAAAUUAAAUUCUAUCGAGGAUAAGAAAUCUAACUUGACUUACAUUAAAGAAAUGAAAAAAAAUCAAGAAAGCAAUGCGGACGAAGCUUUCUCUAAAAGUUUUGAAGGCAAGCUGUUGGAUACUACUAAAGUAUUAACUAAUAUAAAUUCAAUUUUAAGCGGGGACUCUAAUAUUGAAGGAAAUAAACAUAUUGCUAAGAAAACAAAUGAUCAAAGUUCUUCUGCCUCGGAUCAAAUGAACCAAGAAAGUAGCAAAACUGUAGAUAAUGUUGAUUCCAGCGAGAGUUUAAACAUCGUAACUACAAAUAAUCAGUCAUUCGAUGAUAAAAUGGAGCAAACAUUGCAUAGUGCUUUAGAAACCAUACUUAAUAUCGGAGAUGAUGAAAACCGCGAAAACAAAGAUUUAGAAUUUAAAGAAAUGAGAAAUCUUGCAAGAAAUCUAGUGGAGGGAGCUGAAAAUCUUAGUACGUUAAUAAGAUCAGAUAUAACUAAUAAAUUGAAUAGCAUGAACGAAUUAUUAAAUGAUGUGAAUGAAGCUCUAGAAAAUUCUAGAAAGUCUAAUAUUCAAUACCAAAAUCUUAUGAAUGACAGAAAGAGUAUUCAAAUAACAGAAAUUGUAAAGUCACCAGAAGAAACUAAGGUCGAAAGUAUUGAUAAUAAUACGGUGAAAUUGUCAAGCGAAUCUGUUACUUUUACGCAAAUAGAUGAUAUAAAUAAUGCUAUAGUUGAGCUGAAUCACGAGAUUAAUUGUCAUGAGGAUAGAGUUAAUAAAAGUCAAUUGGCUUACGAAGCACGACAUAAGGAAUGCAAUGAUUUCAUGAAGGAAGUUGAUAAAGUACUGGCAAAGUCACACAGAGUUCUUCACCCAUUAGAACAUUCUGGUACUUCUACGUUAAAAGAACACGUCGAAAACCUUAACAAAGACGAAACACGAGAUCUACCUAAAUUUGAGAAAGAAGAAGUAGAGAGAAAUAAACGUAUCGAUGGACUUCUCUUUGAUAUCAAAGAUAAGAUGAAACAUAAUAAAGAAGUUUUAAGGUUAGCUGACAAAUUACUUAACAGAGGAGAUACAAAAUGUAAGACAUUAGGUGAAGGUUCCGUUUCUAUUACAGAGAAAGUAGAUACAAAAGCUCAAGGAGAUCAUAAUAAUUUAAUUGAUUCCAAAGAUCAUUCUAAAAUAUCUGAAGUACCUGUGAAGGUGAAUUCAACAGUUUCAGUAAGAAUACAGGAAUAUGAACAAAGGAAAAAGGACGCGAGUGAAGAAAGGCGGCAGAAGCAACGAGAAUUUCAAGAAAAGCUGGAUAAAGAGAAAGAAGAAGCGAAUAGAGGUCCGCGGAUGACGAAAGAGUUUAUAAAGAACCACUGUAAGCAGCACAAAUUAUACUGCACACCACAUCUUAAUGAUAUUUUAUAUCUCCACUUCAAGGGUUUUGCCAAAAUUGAAAAUCUCGAAGAAUACACCGGUUUGAAAUGCAUAUUCUUAGAGAAUAACGGCAUUCAAAGGAUCGAAGGUCUGGACAUGCAGGCUGAUUUGAAGUGCCUCUACCUACACUACAAUGUUGUUAGGAAGAUUGAGAAUCUCCAGGGUUGUCCCAAACUGGACACUCUGAACUUGGACCAUAACUUUGUAACGUGCAUAGAGAAUCUGGAUGUAGUUCCUGAUUUGCAUACGUUGAGUAUCGCUCACAAUAUGCUCACAACUGUAGGUGAUCUCCAACAUUUGGCGACUUGCAAAAACCUCUCUGUAUUGGAUCUGUCUCACAACCGACUGGAAGAUCCUCUAAUCGUUGACGUUUUGGCUGACAUGAUGGUUCUCAAAGUUCUGGUACUAACGGGCAAUCCUGUGGUGCGGAACAUACCAGCGUAUAGAAAGACACUCACGUUACGCUUGAAGGAACUGUUGAAUUUGGAUAAUAGACCGGUCUUCCCGCGUGAUCGCGCCUGUGCUGAGGCGUGGCAGCGCGGCGGAUUGCAGGAGGAGAUAGCAGAGAGGAAACGCUGGAUAGCAGCAGAACAUGAGAAGACAAUGAAGAGUGUUCGAUACCUGAUCAAGAUGCGAGAUGAGAAGAAAGCAGAACGGGAAGCUAAGGAAAAAGAAGAGCGCGAGAAACUUGGCCUUUUACCUCAUGAUGAAGAUGUACCACAGAUUGAAGAUAUUAAAGACAACGGUGAAGAAGGGACAUCGGAGAAAGUUAAUUUAAAGACUGUGGAUGGCGUGCUAGAAGAUAUGCUGACUGGAUCUGAAGCCGAGUCUACUAGUGACGACAGUGAUAGUAACAGCAGCUCUGACGAUGAGAAGGAAAAAGAAGCUGCAACGUCCGAAAUACAGUGGUCUCCAAAUAGUCAGACGUUAGUUCAGGAGAUCGAUAUAAGCCGAGAGGAUCCUCCGGCUCAGGAGUGCUGGUCUGGUUACAGAGGCGACCUGAACAACGAAAACACGGAGAAAUUUUCAUCCGAACUUACCGCAAUCAGUAAUUUAUUAUUCAAUCAAACUCCGCAUAAAACUAAUUCUGCGACGGAUAAGAGGAAAAUAAAAAUAAAAGGUGAAAUCAAAUCAUGCGAAGAUUUCAAAUUAAUCAGUGAGGCUACAACGCCUAAUACAAAGAAACCGUUAAUUGAAAUAAUUGAAAAUAAUACAGAAUUAUCGAAAGAAGUUGAGAAUGGUAAUGAUUUAAACGACAAACCGUUGUGUAUUGAAGACAAUAUUAAAGUCUGCCCUGUGAAAGAAAACAAGGGUUUGAAAACUAUUGUGAUUCAGGAAAUUAAAUGCAGUGAUUUAGAAUGUACUAAGGAAGGAGAUAAUAAAGAUUUUGACGACAAAAAUUCCGAAAACAACGGAACUAAAGCAAUUGAGGUUAAAAAUUCUGAUAACUCUGAAAAUGCAAGUGACAGAACUGAAGAUGAAAAUGCCGCAGUAGAAAAUACUGCAAACAAGACAGUUAUAUGUAGAGAUACUUUGGAGCAAGGAGACGGCGUGUCUCUCGUGAAGUAUAUUCGCGGCGCCGACAGCGACCUCUACGAUGACGACGAGGAUCUGACGCCGAGCGCUGAAGACCUGGAAAUCUUUGCCGAGCUGGAGAGAGAACAGAAGGAGAGGGAGGCUAGGAUCGCGAGGGGAGAACCACCUGUUGAUCCUAUGCCCACCACCACCCAUGGCUUCACCGACCAAGAGUGGUUUGUACAGAAGUUGUACGACAAGGCAGUGAUGGAGGAGUACCACGGGGCGCGGCAGUGCGCGGCGCCGCACCAAGUGCGCGAACCACACAGGAGCAGCGUCACCACCUACCGACACGACAACGCCUUCGACAGAGUCGCCUACAGCCAGCUCACUGGCGGGGACACGCCUGAAGAAAAGAAAGUGAAACUAACAAAGGUGCCGGGCACCAUAUUAUUUCAGUAUGUAGAUAAUGAAGUGCAUUAUGAGAUUGGCGAUGAAGUUAUUAACAAUACAGCUUCAUCUGAAGAUACUGUAUCAAUAAAUAUAUUAAGUGAAACGGAUUCUAAUGAAGAGAUAAAUACACCAGUUAAAAAGGCAAAGAGACCAGCCACAGCACGCGCUAAAACUCAUGCCAAUAAAGAACAAAGCGUUGGAAAAGAUAAAGUUAACAAAGAUGAUGUGUGUAUGGACAAUAAUGCAAUUGAAAGUAACGAAAUAUUUCAAGAUGCAAGUGUUGGUGAUAACAUACAUCCUCUAGCGUCGACGUCGUUCUGUUCUGCGCUAUGCGCUGCGGAGCCUCACCACGUCAUUGACACCAACUCUUAUGAUGAUGACAGGUUCCCGUCGCAAGAGUGCGCGGAGCGGCGCGGGGCGGCGGCGGCGGCGGCGGGGGAGGGGGCGCGCCCGCUGUGUCCGCAGCGCGCGCUGGCGAGCCGCGCCGGCAGCGCAGACAACAGGACCAAUGCCAUCAUCGAACACAUCUCUGAUCACCUCGAACAUCAGUACACGUUGCCGGAGGUGUCCCACAUCUUGGAGGUCCACAUGGAGGAGGCCGAGCGGCGCUGGCGCGCGGGCGAGUUCGUCCCCUGCGCGCUGCAGGCCAGCCCCCCCGCCUCCGAGGGGGAUGACAACGAGAUCACUCUCGUACCGAGCCAUGAGUCGACAUUCGAAGACACCCUCGUUGAAGAUUCUAAAGAAAGGGAUGGAAUUAAGACAUUCAAUGAAUCUAUAGUUGAAACUGCAGAACAGGAUAUUUCUGGUUAUGGUGAUUUGAAUGAAAACAUACAAGUAGAAGAGGUUUCUGAAGAUAAAUUUGAAGAUUGUAUUGACGUUGGGAGUGUACAAAGUGAUGUAGUCGAGCCGAACGAAUUUGAUCGUUCAGAAGAAACUUUGACGUUAGAAAUGAAGUUAGCUUUAGGACAAGACCCUUAAGUGAAUGCACGAUUUAUGUAGUUUUUUUUCUAAGUUUAUUCACAAGUGAAAGAUUUUGUUUUAAUUAUUUCUCAACUGCAGCACUUAAGGCCGGUAAAUAGUGACCUUUACUUCAGAUUUUGCAUGUUUUCAUCUACACUAGGCGACUUAAAUAACCGUCAAAUGAAUGCGGUAAUAGAAGCAAAUAGCUAUUUAUUUAAUUUUAUUUAAUUAUGUCUAAUUACAUUGUAAUUGUUUUCAUUUUUGUGCAAGUGGUG